ACUGCGGACACGGUACAGGAGAUGACCGGAGACUGCGGACACGGUGCAGGAGACGGCCGGAGACUGCGGACACGGUACAGGAGAUGACCGGAGACUGCGGACACGGUGCAGGAGCGGCCGGAGACUGCGGACACAGUACAGGAGAUGACCGGAGACUGCGGACACGGUACAGGAGAUGACCGGAGACUGCGGACACGGUGCAGGAGACGACGGGAGACUGCGGGACACGGUGCAGGAGACGGCCGGAGACUGCGGACACAGUACAGGAGACGACCGGAGACUGCGGACACGGUGCAGGAGACGACCGGAGACUGCGGACACGGUACAGGAGACGACCGGAGACUGCGGACA